UGAUACACAGCGCGUUGUGCUACGUACUCGUGCGCCGUGUAUUCGCUUCCCUUCUGCCACACAGAGAAAUGUGGUCCUAAAUUGACCGCCACAGUGCCUCGGCAGGUUGACAUGGCUUCCCGGUUUCAAGAUUAACGAUACUCGUACCCUUCAACAAACUACUUGAGUCUGUGCGACGACAAAAGAAAGGAAGAAAAAUGAUGUUAAUGCAGCGUGUCAUUACUCAUGGCACAUUGCAAAGGGUGGCAGCGGGGCGCCGAUUACUGCUGGGUGUCGCUGUCCAUGACCCACCACAAUCAUUUUGCAGGUGUGCCCUCCGCCUGCCCCCUCCACACCCAGCAGGCUGGCAUUGGUUCUCAACGUCAUCCAGCGUUGCAGCCCACCAACCCAAACACCAUUCCCCAAGGGACGAGACAUCGACUUCUUCACCUCAGACAACGGCAGAUAAGCAAGACAAAGACGGGACUGGCGUUGAAGAGGUGGACCCUCUGCAAGACAAGUCCAUUGGUCUUGUUCAGAGAUUUAAGAAGACUUUCAAACAGUACGGAAAAGUGAUGAUUCCUGUUCAUCUCCUCACGUCAUCAUUUUGGUUUGGAACCUUCUACUAUGCUGCCAUGAAAGGUGUAAAUGUGGUACAAUUCCUGGAGGUGAUUGGUGUGCCCGAAUCACUCGUUGGAUUAUUGAGAGAAUCUUCAAGUGGUUAUGCUCUGACUGCUUAUGCCAUGUUUAAGAUCGCCACCCCUGCUAGAUAUGCGGUGACUCUCGGUGGCACUUCCCUGUCUGUUCAGUACCUCCGAAAGCACGGCUACUUGUCCACACCGCCGCCAGUCAAAGAGUACUUCCAGGAUAAGAUGGAGGAGACAAAGGAGAAAUUUUCUGAAAAAAUGGAGGAGACAAAGGAGAGAUUUUCAGAGAAAAUGGAAGAGACAAAAGAACGCUUCUCAGAGAAAAUGGAAGAGACUAAGGACAAGCUGUCGGAGAAAAUACAGGAAACCAAAGACCGAGUAUCUGAGGGGAAAGCAUUUUUUAGGAAGAAAAAUGAGUAGGAAAUGAUCCAAUUAAGGUCUCAAGUAAUCAGUGAUUUGGGGCCACCUCUGAGACUGGGGGGAGAUGAGUGAGAUGGAUGUAUCUUAGAAAUGUCACCUCUCACAGCCUGCUCUUUUUAUGUUGUCUACAUAAAAUUCCAAUUUAUGUGUGCCACACGCGGUAACGAUAUGGUGUUAAUGUGGAUGAGACGGCAAACUCCUGGCUUCCUCCCUUCGUUCUGCACGUCCAGCUGGUCGAGCGAUCGACUGUUCAACUUUUUGCAUUGUAUAAGUUAAUAAAGACACUCUGGGAAUGUGCAACAUGAAAAUCCAUUUGAUUGUUGUCAAGGCUGAACCUGAAGCCAUCACUUCCAGCAGCUUAUGCACUACCCUCAAAGCCUUUUUAAAGGCUCGAUCUCACCUUGUCUUUUGUAAUGAAGUGAGGAAAUUAGUUUUUGUAAUAAGUAAUCACGUCUUUGCAAAAGCUAACUGAUGACUACCACUGAUUCAGGGCAAUUAGUGAGAUUUAGAAUGAACGACAAGUGAUUACCAACAGUUGAAAAAAACAGUCCAUUUGAGCUACAAAUAAAAUUGGUGACUCACCAAGAAGUGUGUGAAUGUGAUGCUUUGUUUUUCAUUU